GAUAGAUUUCCAGAAGUGGGAUAACUGGAUCAGAGGGGUGGUUAUCCUGUAUAAGAGUGUGUGUCUCACUGCACCUUCAAUGCCAUUGAGUAGAGUGUCAGAAUUUAAACAAACCACACCAUGCGUGAGUACAAGCUAGUGGUCCUUGGCUCAGGAGGCGUGGGGAAGUCUGCUCUGACAGUUCAAUUUGUUCAGGGAAUUUUCGUUGAAAAAUAUGACCCGACGAUAGAAGAUUCCUACAGAAAGCAAGUUGAAGUAGAUUGCCAACAGUGCAUGCUGGAAAUCCUGGAUACAGCAGGAACAGAGCAAUUUACAGCAAUGAGAGAUUUGUAUAUGAAGAAUGGCCAAGGGUUUGCACUAGUAUAUUCUAUUACAGCUCAGUCCACAUUUAAUGACUUACAGGACUUGAGGGAACAGAUUUUACGAGUUAAAGACACAGAAGAUGUCCCAAUGAUUUUGGUUGGCAAUAAAUGUGAUCUGGAAGAUGAGCGAGUAGUUGGCAAAGAACAGGGCCAGAAUUUAGCAAGACAGUGGUGUAACUGUGCCUUUUUAGAAUCUUCUGCAAAGUCAAAGAUCAAUGUUAAUGAGAUAUUUUAUGAUCUGGUCAGACAGAUAAAUAGGAAAACACCAGUGGAAAAGAAGAAGCCUAAAAAGAAAUCAUGUCUGCUGCUCUAGACCUGAAGCCAGCAGCAGCUCUGAGCCAGAUUACAGGAAUGAAGAACUGUUGCCUAAUUGGAAAGUGCCAGCAUUCCAGACUUCAAAAAACUAAAUCCGAAGAGGCUUCUCCUGUUUUAUAUAUUAUGUGAAGAAUUUAGAUCUUAUAUUGGUUUGCACAAGCUCCCUGGAGAAAAAAAAAAAUCACUCUGUGUAUAAAUCUCUUGGAAAAUAAGACAAUAGUAUUUCUCCUUUGCAAUAGCAGUUAUAACAGAUGUGAAAAUAAGUAUACUUGACUAAUACAAUUAUACAAAAGAGCAUGGAUGCAUUUCAAAUGUUAGAUAUUGCUACUAUAAUCAAAUGAUUUCAUAUUGACCUUUUUAUCAUGAUUCUUCCCUGUCAAGCACUAAAAAGUUGAACCAUUAUACUUUGUAUCUGUAAUGGUAUAGAUUAUAAAAUUUCCCCUCAAACUCAUUGCAGCAAAUAACUUUUUCAAGUCAUUGACUUCAUUUUAUAUUUAAAAAUUAUGAAAUAUCAUCUGUCAUAUUCUAAUUAAAAUUGUUUGUGCAUAAUGCUUUGGAAAAAUGGGUCUUUUAUAGGAAAAAACUGGGAUAACUGAUUUCUAUGGCUUUCAAAGCUAAAAUAUAUAAUAUACUAAACCAACUCUAAUAUUGCUUCUUGUGUUUUAUGUCAGAUUAAAUUACAGCUUUUAUGGAUAAUUAAAUUUUAGUACAUUUUCA